CUGGGAGGUCGCUGCUGUUGUCUUUGCUCUUCAGUCAGAACCAUAGGGAUCUUACUGUCAACUAAUAAUAAUAAUAGCAGUAGCAUCCAAGUCCAAACACAACAGGGAAAAGCCAUGCCUUUCGGAAACACGCACAACAAGAUGAAGCUGAAAUAUUCCUCCGAGCAGGAAUACCCGGACCUCAGUAAACACAACAAUCACAUGGCAAAGGUCCUGACUCCUGCCAUCUACGAGCAGCUCAGGAGCAAAGAGACGCCCAGUGGAUUUACUCUGGAUGAUGUCAUUCAGACUGGCGUUGAUAACCCAGGUCACCCUUUUAUUAUGACUGUGGGCUGUGUGGCUGGGGAUGAGGAGACAUAUGAGGUGUUCAAAGAGCUGCUGGACCCUGUGAUUGAGCACAGACAUGGAGGAUACAAACCCACAGACAAGCACAAGACUGAUCUCAACCCAGAGAACCUGAAGGGUGGUGACGACCUGGACCCCAAUUAUGUUCUGAGUUCCCGAGUCAGAACAGGACGGAGCAUACGUGGCUUCUGUCUGCCACCACACUGCAGCCGUGGAGAGAGGCGGGCUGUGGAGAAGCUCUCUGUUGAAGCUCUGGACUCUCUGAGUGGAGACCUGAAGGGGAAAUACUUCGCCCUGAAGAACAUGACUGAAGCGGAGCAGCAGCAGCUCAUUGAUGAUCACUUCCUUUUUGAUAAGCCGGUGUCUCCCCUGCUGCUCGCCUCCGGAAUGGCCCGUGACUGGCCAGAUGCUAGAGGGAUCUGGCACAACGAUAACAAGACAUUCCUUGUGUGGGUGAACGAGGAAGACCAUCUGCGUGUGAUUUCUAUGCAGAAAGGCGGCAAUAUGAAAGAAGUGUUCUCUCGCUUUUGCACAGGUCUCACCAAGAUCGAGGCUCUGUUUAAAGACAGGGGCCAUGCAUUCAUGUGGAACGAACACCUGGGUUACAUUCUGACCUGCCCCUCCAACCUGGGCACUGGUCUGCGUGCAGGAGUGCACGUGAAGCUGCCAAACAUGAGCAAACACGCCAAGUUUGAGGAGGUUCUAAAGAAAAUGAGGCUUCAGAAACGUGGGACUGGUGGCGUAGACACGGCUGCCGUCGGCGGAAUCUUCGACAUUUCCAACGCGGACAGACUGGGCUUCUCUGAGGUGGAGCUGGUGCAGAUGGUGGUUGAUGGGAUCAAACUGCUGGUGGAGAUGGAGAAGAGGCUGGAGAAAGGCCAGUCCAUUGAUGACCUGAUGCCUGCCCAGAAGUAAAGCAGCCUAAAGCACAGUCCCCUCCCCACCCCCCUCCAUUUUGUUCCUACCGUCCCUCUAAACUCCACCCAGUGAAGGAUUGACUGCACUUCAUGUUUCUGUGUGAACAUCUGUAUUUAAGAUCUGAAAUGUAAUAAAAAUGGUUUGGUUC